CGCUGGUGGUCUUUCGCUUCUGCUACACAGACAGCUGAGGGCUUCAGACUGGGGCAGUUCCCGGCUCGGCGCGGCCUUGAGAGAACCGAACGCUGGUUUAAAUGGCGAAGACGUACGACUAUCUGUUCAAACUGUUGCUGAUCGGAGACAGCGGGGUGGGAAAGACAUGUCUGCUGUUCAGAUUCAGCGAGGACUCCUUCAACACCACCUUCAUUUCCACAAUAGGAAUAGACUUCAAAAUCCGAACAAUAGAGCUGGAUGGAAAGAGAGUCAAACUUCAGAUCUGGGACACCGCAGGACAGGAGAGGUUUCGCACCAUCACGACAGCUUACUAUAGAGGAGCAAUGGGCAUUAUGUUGGUCUACGACAUCUGCAAUGAGAAGUCUUUUGAAAAUAUCAAAAACUGGAUUAGAAAUAUCGAAGAGCAUGCCUCGUCGGAUGUGGAGAAGAUGAUCCUGGGUAACAAAUGUGACAUGACUGACAGGAGGCAGGUGUCUAAAGACCGAGGUGAAAAACUGGCUAUUGAUUAUGGAGUGAAGUUCUUGGAAACCAGUGCAAAGUCUAGCUUAAACGUAGAAGAGGCUUUUUAUACAAUGGGAAGAGACAUAUUGCAUAAUCUCAGCUUAAAGAACACUGACAGCACCGCUGGAGGAUCGGGAAAACCAGUGAAGAUCACAGAGAAGAAGUCGAAGCGGAUCAAGAUCUUCAAGUGUUCGCUCCUCUAGGCUGCUGGUCCGCAGCGUUCACCUUUCCAGCGUGACCUUGCUGUCCCGGAGCGCUCUCGGGCCUCCUGGCAGCGGCGGCAGCAGCACUGGUCUGAGUCGGGGGGCUUUUUCUGCCAGCUGAGCUGACAGCUUUACGGGCGGCUGAGACGCCGCCCUGAUCUGCCUACCAGCAGAGGAUCAAUGAGGAAUGAGGCCUGAUAACCUUUUUUUUUUUUUCUUUUUAAAUCCACUCAUGCAAAAGACUUCUGCGUGACCAUCAGCGGUGGUUUGUAGCUCGCCGUGCAGUGCCUGCUCGCCGUGGGCCUCCAUCUGGUUAAACACAGCCGUCUUACACAGGUGCAUCUCAAAAAGUUUGAACGACAGCAAAAAGUGAAUUGCUUUGACACUCAUUCCAAACACUCCCAACACAAAAAGGAUUUAAAAAAAAAUCUCACUUAUGAUAAUCACGGCCUCCAGUUUAAAAAAGAAAAAAACAAUAUCUUGACAUAAUCUAAAAUAUAUGUCACUGUUUGAAUUACAUUUUCAAAUUUAUUGAAAUGCACCUGCAAUAAAGAAACCACUUUAAGAUCCUUUCAUAUUUUGUAGCAUCUUUUUCUACACACUACCUACUAUCAUAUUUACUAUGAUGCUGUAAUAUAAACAUAUCAAGGCUCAGCAUUGAUUGUAUUUGUCUGUGUGAAAUCAUGUGCAUUAAUACGCUUACGGUCUCCAAGUUGCACUUAACAUAAUUUCUAUUUGUUCUCUUUGUGUGCCUAGAAGAAAUCACAGCAAUGUGAUAGAAAUGACAAAAACAUGUAUUGAUACAACUUACUGUAUUAUCUUUUUUUUUUAUUAUUUUAUUUUAGCCAAGCUUUUAUUUUAUUUAUACAGGCUUCUGUGUCAAAAUGAAACUGUGAAAGGAUUGUUUGUUUCAUGGUGGAUGUUAUUUGUACAUAUCGAUAUCCGAUUGACAGUAUUUGCAUGAGAGUUUGUAGGAAGACCUCCGAGGGGGGUCACUAUUAAGCACACAGUAUUAAAAAGAAAGCGUUUACAGGCAGUAUUUUGAAGAUGUUAACCGUGUGUCAGAAGGUCAUGUGUUCGCUGUUUCAGACGUCGGCACAGCUCGCAGUUGUGUUUGUGCUUUAUUUUCUCCUGAAUCCGUCGCCGUCCAACAGGCUCCCUUCACAUAACCCACAGCAGAACGCAGUGAUGGGGGGGGGGAACUGUGAUGUGAAUGAUUGUGAACUACUGUAUGUUACACCAAUGAAAAGUAAAGACAAUAAAGAAAGUGAA